GUUUCUUCUACCCAGAAUGCUGCAGUGAGAGGAAGUUGUCUAUGCUUACGCUGAAGCUCAGGGCUGUCCGUCCACUCGAUCAGUAUAACAGCACAGAGAGGACGAGGAGCGCACACAGGAGCGAAGAGACAGCGGUGAGGGGCGAAGAUGGCGAUGCGGCGCGGUCUGAGCGAGAAGACCUCAUUAAAACGAAGAAUGUCAACGAAGAGAAUGGCGUCGACCUGCUCAGAUGAAAGAGCAGAUCGCAACGGUGAGAACAUGGAAUCAGAACGACUGGAUAAAAGAUGAUGGAAUUUCAUUCAGUCUCAUGCCAUAUAAAUGUUCCUGAUCUCCUGAACGUCAGAGAAAGAUGAGGAAAAGGAUUUUUGCCAUGACGUUUGCCUGAGGAGGAAACGGCAGCAAAAUUUCAAGGAAGGGAAGACUACUCUAACCAAUUCUGGACAGUCAAGUGGAGACACUACUGCUUAAUGAGGAAGAUGGCGGCUCAUAUUUUGCUUUUGGAUUUGGAAAGAAAGACAUUUUAUUUGUUUGUGAUUUGCUAUGAUGUUUUACUUCAUUCGCUGAUGUACAAAUGUAUGUAUUGUGUCAUUUUAAUGCAUUGUUGUUUUAAUGAAAUGCCUGUAUUUCAAAAUUUAAAAAUGCUUUUUUUUUGUUGCCUUUUUUAAAAGAAAAAUAAAAAAGUUUCGUGAUUGAACUAUAUCAAGUUGCACUUAUUGGAUGGAAAAUAAAAAUGACGUUUCGCAAAAUAUUUACUUUGCGGUUUACGUCCAAGCGUCCAACACAGGUUCAACUUUUUUUCUUUAAAAAAAAAAAAAACAAAACAAAACAAAAAAAGCUAUUUUAUUUACUUACCGAACUAUGAAUUAACAAGCUAUGUGAUAUUUUCAAAUUUUAAUGACUUAGUUUUGUCUUUAACUGCCCUUAACGGCUCGUUUUAUUUUUUGCUAGAUUAAUUUGUUCCAUAACUUGAGACUUUCGCAAAUUAUUUUCGAGCUUUAUCUUUUCCAUUCAAGGAUACACCCACAAAUUUCCUGUUGAAUUAAAAUUACGCAUUUGAUCCAGCCUGCAAACUUGGCUCACACAACCGUCCUCUUUCAAAUAUCACGUUUGCAAAGUACAUUACAUAUACAGAGCAGGUGUAAAAGGGUUAAAAUUAAAUUGUCUAAAAUGGUGUCCAGUGUAGUCCAGCACUCACUGCAAAAUGGCAGUCUCUUGUCUCAUUUCCUGUCUAUGCAGGAAGUGAAGGCUUACAGAAAUAAAUGUAUUAACACAAAGAUAAGAACUGCCCUUUAUAACCACCAAUCAGUCGUUAAAAUACAGUACUCUUAGGUUAGCACUAACUUGAGGUAUUAAUCUAUCUGUAAAAUAACUAGUUUUUAUUAAAAAUAAAAGGGGUGGGUCUUUCGUGCAUCACCUGAGCCCUGGGUAAAUGGAGAGAACGUCAAUCAAAGGCUAAGCUCUCAGAGCUGGGAAGGAGCUUUAGAUGGCGGAUGAACCUUGGGAAGGGGAGAGCGUUGAGCCUCGCAGGGCUCUCGAUAGCACUUGUAUCUCAACUUUGGUGAACUUUGAGUGCCUCUAGGGGCACCGUAAUCGCGCGAAUUCGUUCGUUUUAGUACGUUUUGGACUGUAAAGACGUUAAUGCGUACGUUUUGUGACUUUGUUUCGUCGAAAAACGCUGUGGUGUGUGCGUAGAGUGGCCAGUCGUUGUUUUCCCUGCCUUGCACUGGCAGCCAUGGCGGUCCUCCAUUUUUAGUGCGCUCUGCUGGGCUCUUCUCAUACUCUCUCUCCCUCUCUCUCUCCAUUCAAAUAGCCAUCGGUGGAUUACUGCUAUUAUUUUUCUUUUCGAAUAUUAUUCCGAUUGUUAUUUUAAUCUCAAUCUUGGACUCUUUUUGAUUUUUUUUAUUGUUAUGGCCAAAGUAACAAAUCGGAUAUUUUGUCAGAUGUGAAUGUACUACUACAAUCCUCCUCCUGUCAAUGCAAUAGGUAUGUUUACAUCGUUUCUUUUCUAUUGUCGAAUUUAUUUGCUUUCAUCGUUAUGUUUUAAUCGUCCUUUGUCUGAUGACGCAGUAAGAAUUUAUGCAUGUGGCUCUGUGAAUGUAUUGCCUUGAAAUGCCAUCGACACAUGGAUAUUUGACAUCGAAUAGAGUCGAGCAGGUGUCAUUCCAAUUCCGAUGCCUUUUAACUUUAGAAAUACUGUAAAUAUUUAUUUAUUUUAAAUUUUUAGUCAAGCCCAACUUGACUUUUUCCAUGCAUCGCAACGGACUUUUUUUCUUUUGAUGGUUCAUCCAACUUUAAACUUUUGACAGUUAAUACCUGGACAAAAGAUCACCAUUAACAAAUCCCAAGACAAAAUCAUGAUGAAGAAUAAGAGUAAAAAGCAGGAAGAUGAAGGCUCAACUCAAAGCAAUGCUUCCAGAAUUUUCGUCUGAAUUGAUGGCACAGCUUUGAAGCCCCUGCAUAUGUUCCAGACACCAGUGUCUAAAUCGAAAACCCCCUCAAAUCAAUUCAGCAUCAGAGGAAUCUAACCGCUCGGGAUCAGAGUCCGGGAGUCAGUCGGAGAGCGAGCAAGGAAGUGAUAGAGCUCGUUCCCGGCGUUCCGAGUCCAACAGCACCUCCGAUUCUGAGAGCCACUUUGAGUCAGGGAGUGAAUCCACUGGGUCCAAAUCCCGUCAGACCUCAACACAGGCCAAAGACAAACCAGUCCGGAAGAAAGACAACCUGGCAGACGUGAAGAAGAUGUGGGAGGAACAUCCAGAUAUUUAUGGUGUUAGAAGAUCCAGUCGCAGCAGACAAGAGCCUGCCCGCCUCAACAUCGGAGCUGAGGGCAGCAGUGAUUCAGAGGGGGAAAGUCCCAAAAGAAAAAGCUCACGGCAGAAAAAGAAAGAAAAUACCUGGAAAGAUGAUGACUCAAAAGACGAAGAGGAUGUUGAGGAAGAGGCCAGCAGUUCAGAGAGUGAGCAGGAAGAGAAAAAAGUUAGAUCCAGACGACUUCCUGCUAGAAGACCACAGACCAAAUCAUCUGCUGGCAAGCAGCAGCCACAAAAGGGCCGGAAACAGAGGAAGCAGGAAUCCUCGGAUGAAGAAGAUGAGGAUGAUGACGAUGAUGAGGAAGAGGAGGAGGAUACCCCAAAGAGACAAACAAGGCGGCGAACAGCAACUAAAGUCAGUUACAAGGAGGACCAGAAUGAUUUCGAGACCGACUCUGAUGACCUUAUCGAAAUGGCAGAAGGAGCCGAGGAGCAACAGGAUGACGACAGUGAGACCAUCGAGAAGGUCCUUGAUACCAGGAUUGGCAAGAAAGGAGCUACCGGAGCUUCCACAACCCUCUAUGCUAUUGAGGAAAAUGGGGACCCUGGAGCAGACUUUGACCCUGAGAAAGAGGAAGGGGAAACUCAGUUCCUCAUCAAGUGGAAAGGCUGGUCCUACAUCCACAACACCUGGGAGAGUAUGGAUUCCCUCACUCUUCAGAAAGUCAAAGGGAUAAAGAAGAUAGAAAACUUCAAGAAGAAAAACGAUGAGCUUAACGCUUGGUUGAGGAAAGCGUCACCUGAAGAUUUAGAAUAUUACAAUUGCCAGCAAGAACUAACCAAUGACCUGAGCAAGCAAUUCCAGAUAGUAGAGAGAGUGAUCGCCACAAGAACAGGGAAAUCACAAGCACAUUCAGAUUUUCCCUCCCAUAAAACCGCUUCCACUGAGCCAGAGUACCUGUGUAAGUGGAUGGGGCUGCCGUAUGCAGAGUGCACAUGGGAGGAUGGUGCUUUAAUCACAAAGAAAUUUCAGGCCUGCGUUGAGAGUUUCCAACACAGAAAUGCCUGUAAGACAAUCCCCUCCAAAGACUGCAAGGUGUUGAAACAGAGGCCAAGAUUUGUGGCCUUGAAGAAGCAGCCUUCUUACAUUGGAGAUGAGAACCUUGAACUCAGAGAUUACCAGCUAGAUGGAGUGAACUGGCUGGCCCACUCCUGGUGCAGGUGUAACAGUGUUAUCUUGGCUGAUGAAAUGGGCCUGGGAAAGACCAUUCAGACGAUCUCCUUCCUGUCCUACCUUUUUCAUCAGCACCAGCUUUAUGGUCCCUUUAUCGUGGUGGUGCCCUUGUCAACCCUUACCUCCUGGCAGAGGGAGUUUGAGACUUGGGCCCCAGAUAUGAAUGUAGUGGUGUACCUGGGAGACGUCACAAGUAGAAAGACAAUCCGGGACUAUGAAUGGAUACACCAGCAGACAAAAAGGAUCAAGUUCAAUGCACUUUUGACCACAUAUGAAAUUCUACUGAAGGACAAGGGAGUGCUAGGGAAUAUAAACUGGGCUUUCCUCGGAGUUGAUGAAGCUCACCGGCUUAAGAAUGACGACUCGCUGCUAUAUAAAACUCUGAUCGACUUUCGAUCCAAUCACAGGCUGCUCAUUACUGGGACCCCACUGCAGAACUCGCUCAAAGAGCUGUGGUCCCUUCUGCACUUUCUUAUGCCUGACAAGUUUGAGUCCUGGGAGGAUUUUGAGGAUGAGCAUGGUAAAGGCAGGGAUAAUGGAUAUCAGAGCCUUCAUAAAGUUCUGGAACCUUUCCUACUGCGUCGUGUCAAGAAAGACGUGGAGAAAUCCUUGCCGGCUAAAGUGGAGCAAAUCCUCAGAGUUGACAUGUCUGCCCAGCAAAAACAGUUCUACAAAUGGAUACUAACAAGAAACUACAAAGCCUUGUCCAAAGGCACCAGAGGCAGCUCUUCUGGCUUUCUUAACAUUGUCAUGGAGCUGAAGAAGUGUUGUAACCAUGGUUUCCUCAUCAAACAACCAGAGGAGGUUGAGAAUGAAAAAGCACAAGAGCACCUACAGAGCUUGGUGCGUGGCAGUGGAAAACUGGUUCUCCUGGACAAGCUUCUCACACGACUGAGGGAGAGAGGCAACCGUGUGCUCAUCUUCUCUCAGAUGGUCCGCAUGUUGGACAUCCUGGCUGAUUACCUGUCUAUGAAACGAUAUCCAUUCCAGCGUUUGGACGGCUCCAUCAAGGGAGAGAUCCGAAAACAAGCACUGGACCACUUUAAUGCUGAAGGCUCUGAGGACUUCUGUUUCCUGCUGUCCACCCGAGCUGGAGGUCUUGGGAUUAACCUGGCCUCUGCCGACACAGUGGUUAUCUUUGACUCAGACUGGAAUCCACAGAAUGAUCUUCAAGCCCAGGCCAGAGCCCACAGGAUUGGCCAGAAAAAGCAAGUGAAUAUCUAUCGUCUGGUCACAAAAAACACUGUGGAGGAAGACAUUAUUGAAAGAGCAAAAAAGAAGAUGGUUCUAGACCAUCUUGUCAUUCAGAGAAUGGACACAACUGGGCGAACCGUAUUGGAUAACAACUCUGCAAAUUCAAAUUCAAAUCCCUUCAAUAAAGAAGAACUGACAGCAAUCUUGAAGUUUGGAGCAGAGGAUCUGUUCAAGGAACCUGAGGGAGAGGAAUCAGAACCUCAGGAAAUGGAUAUUGAUGAGAUCUUGCGGCUUGCUGAAACCAGAGAGAGUGAUCAGGGAUCUAGUGCCACUGAUGAGCUUCUGUCACAGUUUAAGGUGGCUAACUUUACCAUGGAUGAAAGCACACCAGAUCUUGAGGAGAGGGCUGUGCGUGACUGGGAUGAUAUAAUUCCAGAGGAGCAGCGGAAGAAGGUGGAGGAAGAGCAGAAGCAGAAGGAGAUGGAAGACAUCUACAUGCUGCCCAGAAGCAGAAGCUCCAACAAGAAGGCGCAGGCCAAUGACAGCGACAGUGACGUGGGAUCCAAACUGAAGAACAGAUCCUCAGGUUCAGAUAGCGAAACAGAUGACAGCGAGGAUGACAAAAGGCCCAAGCGGAGAGGCAGGCCAAGAGCUCGCAAAAACAACGUGGAGGGAUUUACUGACGCAGAGAUCCGCAGGUUCAUAAAGGCAUACAAGAAGUUUGGAGCUCCACUUGAGAGGUUGGAGGCGAUUGCCCGUGACUCUGAGCUGGUGGAUAAGUCCAUUGCAGACCUGAAGCGACUGGGGGAACUGGUACACAACAGCUGUGUGACUGCAGUACAGGAGCAUGAGGAGCACAUGAAAGAAAACCCUGUGGAAGCGAAAGGGCCAGGGAAAAGACGAGGCAUUAACAUAAAGAUCUCUGGAGUUCAGGUUAAUGCAAAGUCCAUUAUCCAGCAUGAAGAGGAGUUUGAACCGCUGCAUAAAUCUGUGCCUCCAAAUCCUGCUGAAAGGAGCAAAUUUCAGCUUACCUGUCGGGUGAAGACUCCGCACUUUGACGUAGAAUGGGAUAUUCAUGACGACACACAGCUGUUAUUGGGUAUCUAUGAGCACGGCUACGGCAACUGGGACCUGAUCAAGACCGAUCCUGAUCUCAAACUUUCUGAGAAGAUUCUCCUAGAUGACCCUGAUAAGAAACCUCAGGGAAAGCAGUUACAGAUGCGAGCAGACUACUUGCUUAAGAUGCUGAAGAAAGAGCAGGAAAGCCAAGAUGCUAUUAAAGCAGGAGAUGAGCCCAAAACCAAAAAGAGGAAACCUCGAAUCAAGAACAAGGCCCCUAACAAUGAUCUGGUCAAUGAAAUUGCCUCUCCUCGUCUCUCCGAUAACCCAUCAGAAGAGGGAGAAGUGAAGGACGAUGGAGCUGAAAAAUCACCCACAAAGAAGAAACAGAAAAAGGAUAACAAAGAGAACAAAGAAAAAACAGGAACUACUAAAAAAGAAAAGGAGGGGGACAAAGACAAAAGGCGCUCCAAGUCCAGAAAAGAGAAGGCCAAACCAGGAGGAAAAGGAAAGAAAGCUCAGGGCCCCGUGCACAUUACUGCAGGAAGUGAGCCUGUACCAAUUGGAGAGGAAGAUGAUGAGCUGGACCAGGAAACAUUCAGCAUUUGUAAAGAGCGGAUGAGGCCUGUGAAGAAGGCUCUGAAGCAGUUGGAUAAGCCAGACGAGGGGCUGUCGGUGCAGGAGCAGCUGCAGCACACUCGCACCUGCCUGCUGAAGAUCGGAGACCGCAUCACAGAGUGCCUUAAAUCGUACAAUGACCCUGAGCACGUCAAGACCUGGCGCAGAAACCUCUGGAUUUUUGUGUCCAAAUUUACUGAGUUUGGCGCCCGGAAACUGCACAAGCUGUAUAAGAUGGCUCAAAAGAAGCGCUCGCAGGAGGAAGAGAAAGAGCAUAGGAAGAAGGAUGAUCCUGCCAGGAAAAAACCCUUCAGACCUGAACCGUCUGGAUCUAGUCGAGAUUCUACCGGUGCCCAGCCCACAACCAAACCCCAUCCUUCGGUCAACCAUCCACCUGGACCUCCCUCUCACGCCCACCACAGAGAGCAAUACAACCAGCCCAAUAAAAGGCACUUUCCUAAUGAUGAUAGGGGAGAAUGGCAAAGAGACCGUAAAUACAGCUACCCAGGUAACAGCAAUCAGCCCUGGCAAGGGGAUCGGCAUCACCCAUAUGAGCCUCACAGGUACAAGGACCAUCACUAUGGCGACCGUCGUCCUCAUGACUACCGCUCAGGAGGUUACCGUAACAGCGGUUCCCCUCGCAAACGAACCUAUGACCAGUAUGGUAACGAUAGAGAUCAUCGGGGCCAUCGAGACUAUUAUGACAGACAUCCUGACCCUAAGAGGAGGCGUUCGGAUGAGUACCGCUCCCCGAACUACCACCAAGGGGGAGGAGGGCAUCCACAGGACUUCAGAAGGAUGCCUGACCACAGAGGACCCCCUGGAAACCAUGGCCCCAUGGGGCCUGAUCACUACCGCCCCUUCCACCCAGACAAACCCCCACCCCUGAUUGACCCCCGUUCCCCUCAGUCUCAGAAAUCCCCACUUGAGUCGAUCUCACCUGCUUUGGAUAGAACUGCAGAGCAGAAACCUGUGACGGACUUUAAUUGGAACAACAGGAAGACGUGAAGUGAAUAUGUAAUGCAGAGACGGUCUGUACUGCCAAAGGACGUGGCAGAAAGGCCACCCGGGCAAUAAAUGGAGGAGACGUAACCAGCCACCACCAAACUCCUCUUUAUCGCCACUGUGUCCUCCGCUCUCUUCUAGGUUUCGUGACAAGGUUAAGUCUGCCAUUUUGGACUGAGGAGAAAGAACAAGGCAUGGUUAGUCCUGUGGACUAUGAUUGAACUUUAUAAAGUGUUGAAGUUAGAAAGUGCCUCAUGUAUUUGGUCUUUGUUGAGAGUCAUUAGCAGAAAGGGACUACCCCCAAAGCAAACUUUACUUUGAUGUUCAUGUCUUUUUGUGUUAUUUUGGUUUGUGCAAAAAAGGAUUAUUUCAUGAAAGUAGCCUUUGUGGGAGGAGAAAAAAGGAAUCAUUUUAAUUGCACCUUCAGAUGUUAAUUCAUUGUUCUGUUGAGCUAUUCGGUUCGGUUUUGCUCUCUAAAAUACCCAUACCCCUGUGAUUGUACGUCAUUUUGAGGGGGAAUUACAUGUUUUGUCUUUUGAUAUUUGUUAUGAUCAUAUAGGAGUAUUUGUGAUGAGCAACAACUGCAACAAUUAUUUGAAUUGUUUUUCUCAAAAUUAUUGAAUUAGCUAAAUGUGUCUUCGCUAUUGCAGACCCGCCAUUUGUUAAUAUUGUAAUGCUUAGAUGCCCUGUUGGAGGACAGUAGCCUUAUUUAAAAAAAGAUGGAAGAAAAUAAGGCUGAACAGUAUUCAGGGUCCAUGCAGACCUUGUCAGAACACUAGAUAAUCAUAACACGUAAGCUAUCUUUGUCUUUAUUUUCUUACGACUGUAACACUUGGCACCACUCAAGUCCACUUUAUGGUCAGUGCUUGUACUGUUGCAUCUUUUUAUUGCACUAAAAGGACAGUACUUGCUUGUUUUGGACUAUGUAGUGAUGGUAGACAUUACCUGAAUCUGAUUUUCAUGUUUUUUUGAGUUGUUUCUCAGUACGAGUGUGCUGAAACUGAUACCGUUGACCUUUAAGUGGAAACGUGAGUACUGUAUGAAUGGACAGAUGCGUGUUUAGGGAGUGGGCGGGUGUCACAAGCUAUUUUUGGUGAACCAGAUUUUGUGCCAAAACAUUCACAGACUGGCAUGCUGGUAAAUACCAUUCAUUGUUUAUUUGAUGUGUUUCUCCAUCUGUGCCUUAUUCUUAUGUAGGUUCAAACACCGGAUUGAUAUAAGGACAUCUAGCAGUACGGUGCAGUAUUAUGCUGUUAUGUACAAUUUCAAAACAUUUGCCAGGAUGGAUUUUUAACUUGGUGCAUGUUAAGCCAGCUCUGGUGAGUGGGGAACAAUGUGGUGUGCUCAAUUCCAAAACAUCAUGGUAGCAGGACUAGGAGAGCAAGUGAGCUGGUGAGACGUGGACAUGUCUGCUAUGAAAUACUUGAGAUGUGUUAAUUCUUUCCCACCCAAGCUCCUGCUCACACUCCACGGACAUGUUAAGCUUUGAAACAAGCCAAUUUAAAGUAAUUUAUAUUUGUGAAAUGCCACUGUUCAGAUUAAUUGUACUGUACAUAUGUUUAUAGACCUAUAUGUAUUAAACUUUCCUACAUCAUGGACAA